CUAAGUUUCUUCCACAAACAAACAGGAUGAUGUUGAGCUCAUCCUGACGACUGCGUUGUUAAUGAUAAAGAGUUGAAAUUUUUUGGUGGUGGACUUUAGAACUCCCAAGAUUCAGUCUGUGCUCGAAAAGCAAUAAAGCAUGGCGUUGAAGGUAUUUGCUGAUCGAAUGUCCCAACCAUCUCGUGCAGUUCUCAUCUUCUGCAAGAUAAAUGGGAUAGAUUUUGAGGAAAUCCGAGUAGAUGUCUUGAGGAACGAGCAAUUCUCCCCUGAAUAUAAAGCAAUAAAUCCCAUGUCUCAGGUUCCAGCAAUAGUUGAUGGACGCUUUAAGCUGUUUGAGAGUCACGCGAUUCUUAUCUACUUAUCAUGUUCAUUUCCCGGAGUUUCUAGUCAUUGGUAUCCUGGUGAUGUAUCCAAAAGAGCUAAAAUCCACUCUGUUCUAGACUGGCAUCAUUCCAACCUACGUCGUGGAGCAGCUGGAGUUGUUUUCAACACUAUCCUGGCCCCACUAAAUGGCAUCCCCUCAAGCCCUCAAGCAGCCAAACAAGCUGAGAAGAUACUCAUGAAAUCAUUGACUAAAUUGGAAAACUUUUGGCUAAAAGAUGGAAGAUUUUUGGUUGGAAGCUCUCAGCCUUCAAUUGCAGAUCUCAGUUUAGUGUGUGAACUCAUGCAACUUGAGCUUCUGAGUGAGGAGGAGUGUCAUCGGAUAUUAAGUCCUUACAAGAAAGUUGUUGAGUGGAUUGAAGAUACAAAGAAAGCGACUGCACCUCAUUUUGAUGAAGUUCAUGAGUUUCUCUUUAAAGCCCAGAAGAGAAUUCGAGAGCAGACAGCAAAAGAAUCUUCUGGGAAAAAAGAAUUGAAGUCAAAGCUGUAAAAUCAAACAUAAUCUUGUGUUGG